UUGACUCAUUCUUAAAAACAAGAGCUGUCUCCUCGACUCCUCUCCUUAUAACUCGCUCCUUCCUGAAUCUUUCUUCCUCUCCCUUUAUCCAUCAAAACUCAGACUAUCCUUUCCAUUACUCCCUCUGUUUAUGAGUUUUUGUUGCGUCGGAUCUGGGGAAUUCCUAGCUUCUAUUGUAAGGUUUAUUUUUUCAGUUUUUUGUUUGUGUAAUUUGCUAGCUUUUUACGGGUUUCAGUUUGAUUGGUUUUUGCGUUUUGCUUUUGAUAUGGGUCAAAAAUGAAGACUUUUUUCUUGCUUUUUUUACAAGGUUACUUUUUUCACGAAGUUUGAAACCACAUUGUAUUUUUUAAGAUUCUUUCGUUGUUCUUACUGUUGUAUUGAUAAAUGCAGGGUUUUUGUUCAUUUUUAGAAUUAUUUUGAGAAGACUGAAUUUAAGGGAGAAGUUAAUUUAUUGAUGUGAAGGUGGUGGCAUAGGCGUGUAAGUGAAGCUAAAUUGCUGAUUUUUUAAAUGACAUUUUAUUUCCUAUUUCUGAUUUAAAAUUGGAAAUUCGCUUUUGCUUCUUGAGUGGGAUACGGUGAUUGAGGCUUUUGGUUAUAAAUGGUAUUGUAUUAUGUAAAACAGCUAUAUAGUGUUUGUGGGUUGGCUACAAAUAUUGAACCUUUUGUGAGGCUUUGAAAGUUUUAGGGCCUUGACUAUUUUGCGUGUGAGAAGGUAAAAUCAAGUUAGGCUUGUAGGGGGUGCUAUGGAUCAUAUUGUUCCAGUAGAGAAAAAAUAUUUAAUUGAUCUUGAAAGUGGUUUCGCGGUUAGUGAAGGUGGUUCAAGGGAAGACACUAUAUCCAGUCUUAAAAAACAGGUGAAGAUGUUGCAAGCUAAAGUCUGUAGUCGGUUUAUGGAUGGGUCAAUGAAAGGUGAAGAUAAGGCGAGUUUAUGUAGCAAUGUGUCGAGUACUGAUGGUGUUCUGAAGGGAGUGAGUAAAGAUGAAGAGGGAAAGAAAGAGGUGAAAGAGAAGCCAAAAAAGUCAAGCAAUAAGAAGGCCUCAAAACCUCCCAAACCGCCAAGAGGUCCAUCAUUGGAUUCUGCUGACCUGAAGCUGAUCAAAGAGAUUACUGAAAUUGCCAUGUUGAAACGUGCUAGGAUUGAGAGGAUGAAAGCUUUGAAGAAGAUGAAAGCUGCAAAACAGUCGUCACCGAAUAGCAACAUAUUAGCUAUGGUGUUCACUGUUCUCUUUUUUCUUGUGAUUAUUUUUCAAGGAUUGUCAUCCGGAGCUUCAAAGAUAAACUUUGAGGGAUCUCCUGUCUCAACAGGAUCGACAGAGGGUGGUUUAAUUUCUGUUCAGUUAACUGGAAACCUAGCUGCAAGUAAUGCAAAUGGGCCUGGAUUUCCCAAUUCUGUGGGGCAGGCUGCGGGUUCAGAUCCAUAUCAAAGCAUAAAUAUAGCUACUGGAUGAAAUCGGAAUAUCACAAAGUAUGAUAAAGUUGUCUUCAAGGCUAUGUAAGAUAAAUAAACUCACUAGUAGUUCUUGCAGUUUCUCUUGCAAGCCAUUGCACUUUUGAUACACAUGGACAUCUGAAGUUGAAAUUUUGCCAGGUAAUUAAUCCCCCAUUUAUUUAAAAUGGGGGGGUGAGUUAAAUAUCACAUAAAAUUGAAGGGUUUGCUUCGUUCAUUAGGUCAUGCCACGAAUGUCCUGUCAGUUGCCUCCUGGGCAACUAUGCAAAGAGACAUGUUGUGUUGGUUAUUAUGUUCAUAGGAGUACUAGAGAAACUCACUGUUAAGAUGGUGGCCUAAGAUUUUGAGCACCACAACACUAUGCAGCCAUAUUGGUGUUUAUCUUGGUUUGGAAACAUGGGAUACUGAGGAUAUGAAAAAUUUAGCAUGCCUUCUUUGUAAAUGAAAAUAUUUGCUAUCAAUGAGAAUAGUAAUAGUUAUUAUUAUCUGCAA